AUGUUUAAACAAAAUCAAAAUUUACAACAUUUUCAAGAUAAUUAUAAAUCAAGUAGAAAUAAAUAUAAGAAUACUAAAUUAAUACUGGAUCAAUAUCAAGAUCCAUUUUAUCCAUCUUAUUCAUCUGUUCAGUUAUCAUCAUUUAAACAACAAGAAAAUAAUAAUAAUAAUACUCAUAAACUCAAAAAUUUAAAACAAAGUAAAUCAUCUGAUUCAUUAUUAUUCUUUAAAUCAAAUACAAGUAAUAAAAAACAUAAACAACAAGAAUUAGAAGAUCAUAUAAGUAUUAGACGUUCAAUAUCAUCUUUUUUACAAAUUAUGGGACAACAAAUUUCUAAAAAUGAUAAAAUAAUUAAAAAAGAUUCAUCAAACUCCGAGAUCGCAACAAGUUCAUCAUUUCAAAAUAAUUAUCAAGCAAAUAAUAAAUUAAAUAUACAUUCUAUAUUAUCAAAAUCACAGUCUAAUAACAUACAAGAUGAUGAAGAAGAAGAAGAAGAUAUAGAUAUUCCAAAUGAUUUAUCAUUAGUACCAAUAUCAUCACCUCCGGAUGAACCACCUUCAAAUCAACCACAUUUUUCAUCACAAUUUUAUUUAAGUCCAAUAACAUCAAAUGAAUCAUAUAAUUAUUAUUCAGAUGAUGCAUCAAUGAUUGAUCCAUAUCCACAUCAACAUCAUCAUCCAUAUCCUCACCACAUAAAUUCUCAAUCUUCAAAAAAUUUACAACAACUACAAUUAAAUCAACAAGAUUUAAAUGAUAUUUCUCCAGCUUCUUCAUAUAGUGAUGAAGAUAUGAAUGAUGUAACAGAAUCAAGAAAAUCUUCAACUCAACUACUACAGCAUAUUCAACAACAACAAGUACCGGCAUCACCGUUAUUAAAUUUACCUAUUGAAUUAUUAAUGAAAAUUCUUGAAUAUGUUUAUAUUGAUACUGAUAUUUCAUCAAUAAAUUCAAAUUUAGAAAAAUUUGCAAAUACAAUUCCAUUAUUAUCUAAAAAAUUCCAUCAAUUAUCAUUAUGUUUUAUAUAUAAAUAUACGAUUUUUAAUCGACCUCAUUCAUUUGAUAAAUUUUUAUAUAAUUUAGAAAUAAAUCCUAUAAUUGGGAAAUAUGUUGAAUUUAUGGAUUUUCAACAAUUUACAUCUAUUGGAUUAGGUCGUACUGGUAGAAUGAAUCAAGAAAUUCAAAUGGUUACUUCAAAAACUAUUACUCAUGCAUUAUCAAUGACUCCUAAUUUAAUUGAAUUUUUAGCUUCAGAGAAUAUUCAAGAUGAUAUUGAUGUUAAUGUAUUAGACAUAUUAUUUAAUAAAUUAAAAAAAUUAAAAGCUAUUGAUUUUUGUGGAGCAAGUAGUACUGGACUUUCAAUUGCUUUUGAAAAUUUAAAUUUACAAGAAAAUACUUCAAUUACAAAAUUAUCAUUACAUGAUUGUUCAAAUUUAUCAGCAAAUUUAUUGGAAAAAAUUUUAAUUAAAUUACCAAAUUUAAAAAGAUUAGAUUUAACUCAUACAUCUAUUAAUUCAUCAACUUUAUUACAAUUAUCAACAAAUAUAAGAUUAACUCAUUUAAAUCUUUCAAGAUGUUCUAAACUUACUACUAAAGAUCUUAUACAUUUUUUAACAUCACAUCCAGCAAUAUGUAAUGGAUCAUUACAAUGGUUAAAUUUACAGAUUGAUUCAAAUGUUAUAAGUCCAUUAAGUGAUGUUUAUUUGUUAUAUACUUUAAAACAUUUAAAUGCUCCUCAUUUAAAAUAUUUAAAUAUUGGAGGUAUGCCAAUAAAUUCAAGAAUUUUGUUUACAAUCAAAGAAAAAUUCCCAGAAUUAAUAAGUUUAAAUAUAAGUCAUGCAAGAUCAUUAACAUUAGAAGAAUUAAAUGAAUUUAUGAUUAACAACAAAAAUAUUAAAUAUUUGGAUUUGACAGGUAUAAAAUCAUUAAAUAAAAACAUCAAGACUUUUUUAAAAACAAAUUUUAAUUCAAAUUUAGAAGUUAUUGAAUUUGAUUAUAAAUCACUUUAUGAUUAUACAUCAAAUGGAGAUUGUUUUAAAAUUAUGAAUAUUAAUGAUUCAUUUUUACAAGAUUUAUCAACAACUAAUAGUAAACCUCAAAUUUUUAAAUUUUUCGAUAAUGAAGGUAGAAGAUCAUGGAUAUACAAGAUUUCAGAAAAAGAUUAUAAAAAAAUAAAUCAAGGUAAUUUAGUUUAUUAUGAUCUAGAAACUGGGAAUAAAAUAGUAACUAAAAUUAAAAAACCGGAUUUUUUAAAAUAUGCAGCUAGAAAAAUUAAUUGUUCAAUUGGUUAUUAUAAUUUAAAUAGUUAUAAAGAUAAAAAUUUUGAGGAAGAUGUUUGGCCAGUGGAAUUUAGUCAAAGAGGUAUAUAUAAUUAUUAUUCAUUGAACGUUAAAUAG